GCGCGGGCGGGCGGUUGUGGCCAUGGCGGAGGAAGCGGCGGUGGCCGUGUGCGUGCGGGUGCGGCCGCUCAGCAGCAGAGAAGAAGAACUUGGAGAAGCUACCCAGAUUUACUGGAAAACUGACAAUAAUGCUAUUUAUCAAGUUGAUGGGAGUAAAUCUUUCAAUUUUGAUCGUGUCUUUCAUAGUAAUGAAACCACUAAAAAUGUAUAUGAAGAAAUAGCAGUGCCAAUCAUCGAUUCUGCCAUACAAGGUUACAAUGGGACUAUAUUUGCCUAUGGGCAGACUGCUUCUGGAAAAACACAUACUAUGAUGGGCUUGGAAGAUUGUCUGGGAGUUAUACCCAGGGCAAUUCAUGACAUCUUCCAAAAAAUUAAGAAGUUUCCUGAGAGAGAAUUUCUGUUGCGUGUGUCUUACAUGGAGAUAUACAAUGAAACCAUUACAGAUUUACUCUGCAGUGCUCAAAAAAUGAAACCUUUGAUAAUUCGAGAAGACAUCAAUAGGAAUGUGUACGUUGCUGAUCUCACAGAAGAAGUGGUUUACACAUCAGAAAUGGCUUUGAACUGGAUCACAAAAGGGGAAAAGAACAGACAUUAUGGAGUAACAAAAAUGAAUCAGAGAAGCAGUCGUUCACAUACCAUUUUUAGGAUGAUUUUGGAAAGCAGAGAGAAAGGUGAACCUUCUAACUGUGACGGCUCUAUCAAGGUGUCCCAUUUGAAUCUGGUCGAUCUUGCAGGCAGUGAAAGAGCUGCCCAAACAGGAGCUGAAGGUGUGCGACUCAAGGAAGGCUGUAAUAUAAACCGAAGCUUGUUUAUUUUGGGUCAAGUGAUCAAGAAACUAAGUGAUGGACAGAUUGGUGGUUUCAUAAAUUACCGAGAUAGCAAAUUAACUCGAAUUCUCCAAAAUUCCCUGGGAGGAAAUGCGAAAACUCGUAUCAUCUGCACGAUCACACCGGUGUCUUUUGAUGAAACCCUGACCACUCUGCAGUUUGCUAGCACUGCUAAAUAUAUGAAGAAUACUCCUUAUGUCAACGAGGUGUCAAGUGAUGAAGCUCUCCUGAAAAGAUACAGAAAAGAAAUAGUGGACCUCAAAAAGCAACUAGAGGAGGUAAAUAUAAAGACUCGGGCCCAGGAAAUGGAAAAAGAUCAGUUGGCCCAGCUUUUGGAUGAAAAAGAUUCACUUCAAAAAGUACAGGAUGAGAAGAUUCAGAACUUAACCCGGAUGCUGGUGACCUCCUCUUCUCUCACGUCACAACAGGAAUUAAAGGCGAAAAGAAAACGAAGAGUCACUUGGUGCUUUGGCAAAAUUAACAAAAUGAAGGACUCAAACUAUGUAAAUGAAUUUAGUAUGCCAGCAAAUGUGACAACAAGGAGACACAGGAGCGCCGUCACUGUGUUGGGGGAAAUCGAUGAGUCUCUCUGUUUGGAGUCUGAUUUCUUCUGCAAUACUCCUGAUACAUUAACUGAGAUAGAGUGGAAUUCAGCAACAAAGCUACUAAAUGAGGAAAACUUAGAAAGUGAGUUCAACUCACUUCUUGCUAAAUAUGAUAAUCUGGUAUUGGACUAUGAACAACUAAGAAGAGAAAAUGAAGAAAUGGGAUUAAAAUUAAAAGAAAAAAAUGACUUGGAUGAAUUUGAGGCUCUAGAAAGAAAAACUGAAAAAGAUCAAGAGGUCCAACUAAUUCACGAAAUCUCCAACCUAAAGAAUUUAGUUAAGCACGCAGAAGUGUAUAACCAGGACCUUGAGAAUGAACUAAGCUCCAAAGUAGAACUACUCAGAGAAAAGGAAGCGCAGAUUAAGAACCUGCAGAAAUACAUAGACUCCCAGAAGGCAGAGAAAGCACCAUCGGCCUUGCCGUUCUCAUCGGAAAACAGUGAAGACCCAAAACAAAUGAGGCAGUCUUUUUUUGAUGCUGAGACUGUAGCCCUUGAUGCCAAGAGAGAAUCAGCCUUUCUUCGAAGUGAAAAUCUGGAACUGAAAGAGAAAAUGAAAGAACUUGCAAAUUCUUGCAAACAAAUGGAAAUUGAUACUCAGUUAUAUCAAAGCCAGUUGGAGGCAAAAAAGAAAAUUCAAGUUGAUCUGGAGAAAGAAUUACAAUCUGCCUUUAAUGAGAUAACAAAACUCACCUCCCUUGUAGAUGGCAAACUUCCAAAAGAUUUGCUCUGCAAUUUGGAAUUGGAAAGGAGGAUUACAGAUCUGCAGAAAGAACUGAAUAAAGAAGUUAAAGAAAACAAAGCUUUACAGAAGCAAGUCAGUUUGCUGUCAGAGCUGAAAUCUCUGCCCUCUGAAGUAGAAAUGCUGAGGAAAGAGAUCCGCGAUACGUCAGAAGAGCUCUCUGUGAUAACAUCAGAAAAAGACAGGUUGUGUUCUGAAGUAACUCAGAAGGAGAGCAGCAUUCAAGGUUUACUUGAAGAAAUUGGGAAAACUAAAGAUGACCUGGCCGCCGCCCAGUUGAAUUACAAAAGCACUGAGCGAGCAUUUCAAGAUUUCAGAAUCCUUCCUAUGGCACUGGAGCAAAAAUAUAAAACGCUCCAUGAGGAGAAUGAGAGAAUGAAUCAGGAAAUGGGAGACCUCUCUAAAGAAGCAGAACACCUUCGGUUGAGCUUGGACUCGGUGAAGACUGAGCUUUCUCACAACACCCAGGAGUUUCAGCAGAAAACAGCCGAGGGCCAAGAAAGGGUGUGUGAGGUGGAACAGCUGAAGGAAGAGCUGGAGAGGAGAGAUGCCCAGCUGCGAGCUGCAGAAGAGCAGAAGACGCUGGUGACCGAGAGGCUGCAGCAGAGCCUGGAGGCAGUGAGAAGCCUGGGCCAGGAGAAGGAGGCCCUGAGCCAGCUCCGAGACAGCCUGCAGGCCGAGCGGGACCAGCUCUGCAGCGACAUCCAGGACACGGUGAGCAUGAACAUAGACACGCAGGAACAGCUGCGAAACACCCUGGAGUCCCUGAGGCAGCACCAGGAAAUGAUUAACACAUUGAAAAGGAGACUUUCCGAGGAGACAUCCAGGAAUUUGCAUGCAGAGGAAAACGUCAGAGAAACUGAGCAUGGAUUUCACCAAGAGAUGAUUGGCAUAGAUGAAAAGCAGAAUGUGGAAGCCAAAACAACUGGAACACUGAUUGCUGGUAUGAAGGACAGUGAGGUAGUUGAGCAACAAAAGAAGAUAUGUUCUUUAAUACAAGAGAAAAAUGAAUUCCAACAAAUGCUAGAAAGUAUUACAGCAGAAAAAGAACAGUUGAAGACUGAUCUAAAGGAAAAUAUUGAAAUGACCAUUGAAAAUCAGGAAGAAUUAAGAAUUCUUGGAGAUGAACUUAAAAGGCAACAAGAAAUAGUAGCACAGGAAAAGAACCAUGCCAUAAAGAAAGAUGAAGAGCUUGCCAGGACCUGUGAGAGACUAGCAGAAGUUGAAGAAAAGCUAAAGGAAAAGAGUGAACAACUCCAAGAAAAACAACAACAGCUUCUUAAUACACAAGAGGAGAUGAGUGAGAUACAGAAAAAGAUGAAUGAAAUGGAGAAGCUAAAGAGUGAGAUACAGAACCAAGAAUCCAGGUUGGAACACUUGGAAAUGGAGAGGCUUGAGCUGAUUCAGAAACUACAUGAAAACUGUGAGGAAAUGAAAUCUAUAACCAAAGAGAGAAAUGAUCUGAAGGAAUUACGGGAGUCAUUUGAAGUAGAAAGAGAUCACCUUAAAGAAUACAUAAGCAAAAUUGAAGCUGUAGGCCGACAUACAGAAGAGGAGCUCAGCGUUGCCCACCUGCAUCUAAAAGAACACCAGAAAACUAUCGCUGAGCUCAGAAGCAGCAUUGCUGAGAAGGAAGCUCAGAUAGGAAAUGCUCAGGAGGACUUGGAGAAAUCCACUACCGAAGUGGAAGAGCAGGUCCCAGUACCUCAUGAGGAGCAGAAGCCAUUUCCUACCAUGAAAGCAGGAGGUGAGAUUCAGGACGCAGUGAGGGGGCUGGAGCCGCUGGGGGAACAGUCCACAGCCGAGGGUCUGACAGAGGCGGAAAGGCUCAGGCUGAUGGAAGAACUUCAGGAAAGCCAGGAAGAGAUAAAAUGUCUCACUCAGGAAAGGGAUGACCUUAAAAUAGUCAAAGAAGCUCUUGAAGUUGAACGAGACCAUCUGAAAGAAUACAUCAGAGAAACUUCAGUUAAAAUCCAGGAGGCUCAAGACAAACAAGAGCAGCCCUUCCAUGUGGGAGAAAAAGACAAGAGCACUGGAGUGGGUGAGGUGGAGCAACUGCAGGAGCAGCCCGAAGCCAAAGACGCCAUGCUACUAAGAGCAGAAAUGGAAAAGCGCCAGUUGUCCCAGAGACUUGAGGAAAGUCGAGGCCAAGUGUCAUCCUUGGCUAAGGAGAGAGACGACCUGCAGAGGCGGCAGGAAGCGCUCCAGGCAGAGCGUGACCAACUCACAGCGCGCGUCAGAGAAGUCAGCGAGAAACACCAGGAAACGGAAGCAGAACUUAGAGUUGCUCAUUGCUGCCUAAAAGAACGAGAAGAAACCAUUGAUGAGCUGAGGGUGAAUCUCUUGGAGAAGGAAACUGAAAUAGCAGGUGUUCAGAAGGAAUUAGAAGCAGCCAGCGAGGCAUUGCAGACAAAGAUCCAAGAGCUUUAUGAGAAAAAGGAACAGCUUAUUAGAGUAAAGGAAAUUAGUGAGAUGCACGAAAAAAUUCAUGAACUGGAAAAAUUCAAGGAGCUUCUCAGAGCCAAAGAUUCCACCCUGCAGGGUAUAGAGAGAGACCGGCUCGAGUUAAGUAAGAGACUGGAAGAAAGUCAAGAAGAAAUAAAAAUUAUCAUUAGGGAAAGAGAUGAACUGCAAAAGCUGCAGGAGGCCCUUCAGACAGAGAGAGAUCAACUGAAAGAAAACCUUAACGAAACGGCAGCUAAACUCCGAGAACUUGGGGAGGAACAGCAGUGUCUCAGGGUGAAAGCCACCAGCGAGACCCUGGAGGCUGGGCGUGAGUUGGAGCGCUUGAGGGAGCAGCUGGAGGCCCAGAGGUCAACUUUGGAAAACACAGAAAUGGAGAACAGGAAGUUGGCUCAGAGGCUCCAUGAAAACCUUGAGGAAAUGAGAGCAGUCACACAAGAAAGAGACAACCUGAGGAGUGUGCAGGAGACGCUCACAGUGGAUAGUGAGCGGCUCGCGGGAAACCUGGAGGAAGCUCUAGCAAGAGACCUGGAAACACAGGAGAAGGUCAGAAUUGCUCACCUGUGUCUGAAAGAGCAGCAAGAAACUAUUGAUGAACUCAGAGGGGUUGUUUCUGAGAAGACAGAUGAGGUGUCAAAUAUGCGAGCGGACUUACAAAGCACAGACACAGCCUUAAAAGCACAGGCCCAAGAACAUGAGAAGAAACAACAUCAGCUUCUUCAGGUAGAAAAUAAUCUCAAGGAAACUGUGUUUCAAAUGGAGCAAUUGAAGAAGCAAUUCGAAGCUCAGAAUGCAACUCUGGAGAGCAUAGAGGGGGAGAGAUUAAGACUGACGCAGAAGCUUGAAGAAAACCUUGAGGAGGUGCAGUUUCUCACUGAGGAAAACGAGAGCCUGAGAGGUGUGGAGGAAACCCUGAGAGAGGAAGGGGAGCAGCUGCGGGAGAGGCUGCGGAGGACAGAAGCCGAGGCGCUGCAGAGGCAGGAGGAGCUCAGAGUCGCUCACGUGAGCCUGAAGGAGCAGCGGGAAACCACAGAUGAGCUCCGACGGCUUGUUUCGGAGAAGACGGAGGAAAUGUCGAAUAUGAAAAUGGAUUUAGAAACUUCCAGUGUUAAAUUACAAGAAAAGAUUGGAGAACUGAAGGCGAAUGAACAUCUCCUUGUUAAAUUAAAAGGAGACGUCGGUGAGACACAGAAACAGCUCAAGGACCAGAGCUUAAUGCUAAGUAAAAUGGAAAUGGAGAAUUUAAAUUUGGCUCAGAAACUUCAUGAAAACCUGGAAAAAAUGAAAUCUGUGGCAAAAGAAAGAGAUGGUCUGAGGAGCAUGGAGGAGGCACUCAUGCUGGAGCGAGACCGGCUCAGGGAGGAGCUGCGGGAGGCCGCGGCCAGAGGUCUGGAAACACAACAGGAACUAAAAACUGCUCAUCAGCAUUUGAAAGAACAACAAGAAACUAUUGAGAAAUUCAGAGAGAGGGUCUCAGAAAAGACAGCGCAGAUUUCAAAUAUUCAGAAGGCUUUAGAUCAAUCAAAAGAUGAAUUACAGGAGAAGGACCAUCAGCCCCACAGGGAGGCCAGGAACUCUGGAAGGAGGUCGCCAUGUGGUGGCGAGCAGCCUCUCGCCAGAAGCCUGAAGGAGAAGGGCCUCCGGAUAGGAGAGCUUCUGAAGAGCUACUCGGAGCUGGAUAAUCACUAUGAAAGCUUGAAUAGAUUGUCUCUUGACUUGGAGAAGGAAAUUGAAACCCAGAAAGAGCUUUCAACAAGAGUAAAAGCGAACCUCUCUCCCCAACACCCACAGAGCAAACAGGUUCAGAGACUUCUCACUGCCAGCCAGAGGUGCUCCAUGGAAUUCCACAGAGUCAUGAGGAAACUUAAGUAUGUGUUAAGCCAUGUGACAAAGAUAAAGGAAGAGCAGCACGAAUCCAUCAACAAGCUGGAAAUGGCUCUCGUGGGCGAAGUGGAAAAGCAGGGUGAGCUGCGUGACAGGCUCCAGCGGGCAUUCGAUGGGCCGCGCACAGAGUCCAGGCUCCACAGGCUGCACCGGCUUAUGGAUCUACAUACUGAGGAAAUUCUCAAAGACCUGUCAGAAAAUGAGUUCUCCAGCAUAAAGAUUGAAUUUCAACAAAUACUGAGAAAUCGGAAAGAAAUGACUCGGUUUUUGGAAGAGUGGCUGAGUACUCAUUUUGACAUAGAAAAGCUUAAAAAUGGCAUCCAGAAAGAAAACGAAAGCAUUGGUCAAGUGAAUAACUUCUAUAAUAACAAAAUAACUGCCAUAAUAAAUGAGUCCACGGAGUUUGAGGAGAGAAGCGCUGCCAGGUGCAGAGAGUGGGAGCAGGACCUGGAGUCGGCGCGGGAGGAGAGCAGAGCGCUGCUCAGAGACUGCCAGGUGCUGGCCGCCUCCCUGUUGUCGGCCCACGGUGACCCUGCCUCGGUGACCCUCCUGGCCAGCGAGAGUCCUCAGGUGCCCCCAGGAGCUGCACAGCUGGCUACACAGAAAAUUCAGGAUCUGGAAAGUUCCCUGCACAAAGCUAAAGAAAGUGCUGUGUGUAAGGAAGACGAGAUUAGAAGGAUCCAGAAAGAACUCGAAAUGUCCAGUGACGUAAAUGCGAAACUUCAAGCCAAAGUUAAUGAAUCAAAUAAAUUCCUUGAAAAAACAAAUGCAAUGAUCCAAGCACUUCAGGACGAAGUUGCUUUAGGAGCAAAGCCGUAUAAGGAAGAAAUUGAAGAUCUCAAGACGAAGCUGGUGAGAUCAGACCUGGAGAAGAUGCAGACUGCCAAGGAAUUUGAGAAGGAAAUUAUUUCUGCAAAAGCCACUGUAGACCAUCAGAGAGAAGUAAUACGGCUGUUGAGAGAAAAUCUGAGAAGAACUCAGCAAGCCCAAGACACCUCAAUGAUUGUGGAGCCUGGUGACCCGCAGCCUCCCCAGAAGCCCCUGACCUGCGGUGGGGGUAGCGGCAUUGUGCAGAGCACGAAAGCGCUCAUCCUGAAGAGCGAGUACCUGCGGCUGGAGAAGGAGCUGGCGAAGCUGAAGCAGCAGAACGAGCAGCUGGUGCAGCAGAAGGGCGAGCUGCUGAGCAAUAACCAACAGCUCUGCAGCGAGCUCAAGGCCUGGAAGGAGAGAGCCCGCAAGCGGGAGGCUCCCCAGGAAGUAAGCUGUGAGGCUUUGCCCAAGUCACCUGUUCGGGCGCCCAGAACCGGCACCACACGGAGGCCCAGCGCCCCUGCCCAGUGCAGGGAGCGGAACCUGCAGGACCCUGCACCCCUGGACUCACCCAGGUCGCGGUUUUUUGACCCCCGUUCCAAAUCCUUCCCAGCCCCGCGUCCAGCUCACUACUUUGACAACUCGAGCCUAGGCCUUUGCCCAGAGGAGCAGGCUGUGGGCACAGAGAACGUGGACCCCGAGUUCCUGCCCAGUGCUGCACUCAGGGAUGCACCCGAGUGCAGGAUGCAGUAGGCCUGUGGCAGCAGGCCCCACCCACCGGGGACCAGGGCUCACCGUGUCCUCCUCACAGUGGUGUCAGUGUCCAGCAGAAGCUCAGCUGGGUGUUCACUUGGCCGCUGAAAUUGGAAGAUGAAGGAACCAGGAUCAUUGAGAAUGACAGCAAGACCUUCUUGCAUAUGAUGCUUUUAAAUCUUGGCCUAUUUUAUUUAUUUAUAUAUUGUAAAGAAUAAAGUUACUGAGGGUAAUUUCAGCCUGUCAGUGUAGGCACAAAAUGUACACAGCUUUGUUAUUCACAUAUGACUUGGACAUGAACAAAAUUUUAAACUCCUUUUUAAGUCACUUGCACACUGAAUAAACAUGUAAUUCUGAGUCA